GGUGAAUGGCCUCCUCGGUCUUAUUAUUGAUUCUAAAUUGUUACUUGAAACCCUCUUCUAGAAUCCUUGUCAUAAAAUCCGGUUAGCGCUCCUGCUGUUGGCGCCCGAGGGUCCUAAUGAGACCUCCAGGCCCAUGUCAAGAGCCGCCCUCUGCUGGCUCCGCGCCCUCCAUGUCUCGUUCGCGACACUUUCUGAGCCGAAUUCUUGAUUUUUGCACGCGGUAUGGCUCAAUGCGUCACAGAAUCCGGUGAACCACUCGCUCAGGGUGACAAUGCCGGCACCCCAAGUGCAGCCAACUCACCCAAGGCAACGACGACAAGCCAAGAUGCCUCGAAGCCCUACCCAGUGUUUUCGGCCAGGCACCGUCAUAUUCUCACCGCCAUCCUAGGCAUAGCUAGCAUUGCCUCACCGCUGAGUGCCAAUGUCUACCUGCCCCUCCUCCCCCUCCUGCAGUCACAGUACCGCUCCUCCGCCCAGGCUAUCAACCUCACGCUCACCCUCUACGUCGUCGUCCAGGCAGUCAUGCCCGCCUUCUUCGCCCCGGCCGCCGACGCUCAUGGCAGGCGGCUCAUCAGCAUCGUCACUUAUAUCAUCUUUACCGUGGCAAGCUUGGGCCUCGCCAUCAACGAUAUCUCGGGAAACAGGUCCUACGUCGCGCUCAUCCUGCUGCGAGCGGUGUCAGCCCUGGGUGUCGCCGCCUGUGCGAGCAUCACAUAUGGCGUUGUCAGUGAUGUGUGCAUCCCAGCCCAGAGGGGCACCAUGGUUGGGCCGGCCAUCAGUGCGGCAAACGUGGGCACCGUCCUGGCCCCUGUCGUUGGCGGACUGAUUGCCUGGCGUACGGGGAGCGGUGCCUGGGUCUUCUUCACCUUGGCAAUUUUCGGGGCGACCAGUCUGCUUCUGAUGAUAUUCCUCCUGCUCGAGACGGCAAGGUCGGUGGUGGGGGAUGGGAGUGAGGGACAGAGGCUGGAGAGGACGGGCUGGAAGGAAUUUGUCCUGCUGGGGCCUCGAUGGGGUCAGAACCGAGGGCGUGGGGCAGAAGAUGGCGAGAAGGGUGAAAGAGGGUCGCAUGGCACGGCAAAUGGCGAGAAAAAGGUUUUCCAAGCCUGACCGAAUCGUUCUAUGCUGACACGCGGUUCUGCAG